GCCGAUGCCUUCAAGCAGCUGCAGCGCGCCGCCGGCUGCUUUGCUGCGGCGCACGACAUGGUGCGUCCGGCGAUCUGGGGUCUGGACCCGCGGUGGGAGCCGGCGAGCCUGUCACCCGACCUGGGCCUCGAGAUGCUCUCCGCCCUCCGCGACCUCAUGCUCGCGCAGGCGCAGCACGCCUUCCACCAGAAGGCGCUCGACGAGGGCAUCCGCGCGCCGUGGCGGUGCUCGGAACAGCGCCUCUUCACAGGUGCAGCUGCGGUUGACGAGGGGACCUCGCCCUCGGUGCGCGCAAAGCUGGCCGAGCAGGCGGCGCUCCUGUUCGGCGCCGCCCUGCGCACCCUCGACUCGCAGGAGCUGCGCGACUAC